CUUCCACAAAUUCGCCAGCACUCACUCUCCCUCACCACCCCUUCCCCUCCUCCUCUCUUCUCCGCGAACCAACCCGCUCCCCAAAUCCUCCCCCCACCCGCAAUCUUUCUCCUCUAAUUAUCAUUCCAUUCAUUUCCCUCCAAUUAGUACCAAUAACGAAAACAACAACCUGAAAGCAGUGGAAAAAGUAGUGAGAGAGCUUCUUUGUUUUUAUCACCCUCGAAGCCUUUCCCAAUCUCCAAUCCUUCUUCUGUGUAUAUCCCCUCAAUUUGCCCAUAAAAUUCCCCCUUUCUUUCCCAAUUUAAUUUAUUCUUGUGUUGGUAGAUGCCUUAGUACUUGGAUACAGGGGAUCUGUUGUCAUAUUGGGAGGGUUUUAGGGUUUUAGGGUGCUUAGGGUUGCCUCCCUGUAGAUAUGAUCAAGCAGAUUCUGGGCAAGCUGCCCCGCAAGCCGUCCUCCAAAUCGUCCGCCACCGCCGACUCCACCGACGGCCUCAUCGCCUCCCAGGCCCCCGCCGCCGGCCUCCCACGCGCUGCGGCCUCCUCCUCCUCCUCCUCCUCCUCCGGCCGAAUCCCGAAUUCCACGUCCACUGGUGCCGGCAAAUCCGCACAGGGAAAGAAGUCGUCAUCGGGGCCCGCCGGCAGCAACGGCUACGGCAAUGCCGCCGCCUCCCUCGCGCCGACGCCGGUCUACGAACUGCUUCCCAGCUUCCGGGAUGUACCCAGCUCCGAGAAGCCCAAUUUGUUCUUGAAGAAGAUUGCCUUGUGCUGCGUGGUGUUCGACUUCACCGACCCUGCGAAGAACCUCCGGGAGAAGGAGGUGAAACGGCAGACGCUGCUGGAGCUCGUCGACUAUGUGGCGACGGCCACCGCCAAGUUCAGCGAGGCGGCGAUGCAGGAGGCGACGCGGAUGGUGGCCGCCAACCUCUUCCGCACCUUCCCCUCGUCCAGCUGCGAUUCUACCAGCCGGGGGCUCCCCGAGGGGUUCGACGCCGAGGAGGAGGAGCCCGCCAUGGAUCCCGCCUGGCCUCACCUCCAGGUCGUGUACGAGUUCCUGCUGCGGUUCGUCGCGUCACCGGAGACCGACGCGAAGCUGGCCAAGCGCUACAUCGACCACUCCUUCGUCCUGCGGCUGCUCGACCUCUUCGACUCCGAGGACCAGCGGGAGCGGGAGUACCUGAAGACAAUUCUUCACCGGGUGUAUGGGAAGUUCAUGGUUCAUCGCCCCUUCAUCCGGAAGGCCAUCAACAACAUCUUCUACCGGUUCAUCUUCGAGACGGAGAAGCAUAAUGGGAUCGCCGAGCUGCUGGAGAUACUGGGAAGCAUAAUUAAUGGGUUUGCAUUGCCGCUCAAGGAGGAGCAUAAGCUGUUCCUUGUUCGUGCUCUGAUCCCGCUUCAUAAGCCCAAGUGUGUGGCCCUGUACCACCAGCAGCUUUCCUACUGCAUUACCCAGUUUGUGGAGAAGGACUUUAAGCUGGCGGAUACCGUCAUCAGGGGGCUCUUGAAGUACUGGCCAAUCACCAAUAGCUCCAAGGAAGUCAUGUUUCUUGGGGAGCUGGAGGAGGUUCUGGAAGCCACUCAGCUCGCAGAGUUUCAGAGGUGUAUGGUGCCCUUGUUCCGACAGAUUGGCCGCUGCCUGAAUAGCUCGCACUUUCAGGUAGCAGAGCGAGCUUUAUUUCUUUGGAAUAAUGAUCAUAUAAGAAGCUUGAUCACCCAAAACCGGAAGGUUAUUUUGCCAAUUAUAUUCCCGGCUCUGGAGAGGAGCACCAGAGGACACUGGAAUCAGGUUGUCCAGAGCCUGACACUGAAUGUGAGGAAGCUCUUUUUAGAUGCUGACCAAGAGCUAUUUGAGGAAUGUUUACUAAGAUUCCAAGAAGAUGAAGCCAAGGAAAGGGAGGUACAAAAGAAGAGGGAAUUGACUUGGAAGCGCUUGGAAGAUGUUGCAGCAUCCAAAGCCGUCAGUAAUGAAGCGGUGCUUGUUUCUCGAAUAGUCUCUUCCCUUAGCAUGGCUUCUUCAAGCCCACGUGCUGCAGUUGGAACUUAAGAAUGCAUGUUUUCACUCUUCUGAUUUGGUACAGGCCUGUGCUGAUCCUUGGUAGGCAAAUUCUGCUGGUUUCUUAUACCGCAGACAAUCAUAAUAUGAAGAAAAGCGUCUCAGGUUGGAAUCAUUUUGUUUAUUAUCCAUCUUCUUAGGCCAUGAAAAAUGUGUGUAUAAUUAGAAAUUGUUAUAGAGAUGGAACUUUCAGCGGAUUCCGUAUAAUAUUUUAUUUGUUUUUA